CUCACCUAAAGGGUGAUUAGAUUUGGAAAUACAUAUCUCUUGUAUAGUGGUGAUAUGGGGUUAUAUUUCUGGUGUGUGAAAAACUUAGCCUUCUAGCGCUAGUUGGUCUGGACAUCACACAAUAUGAGUUUUAUACUAUUUGCAAACUUAAUAAAUUCGUAGAAGAGUUUGAAGCAUGUCAUCUUCUAUGCAAGGUGAUAGCUGGACAAGUUUUUUAUGUGUGAAAUUUUAACAGGUAUUGAUGCAACGGUUUACUACAGUCCAGAGAUCUUAAAAGCGGCUGGUAUUACUGGCGAGUCAAAACUCCUUGCGGCAACGGUGGCAGUGGGGAUCACAAAGACGGCAUUCAUAUUAAUAGCUAUAUUCCUCGUAGACAGAGUAGGAAGAAAGCCACUUCUGUAUGUUAGCACAACAGGGAUGACGAUUUGCUUGUUUGGAUUGGGGUUUGCCCUUACAUUUCUGAGUAGUGAAGGAUCGCUUGGCAUUCCAGCAUCAAUGUUGUUUGUUUGUGGGAACGUAGCGUUUUUCUCAAUCGGUUUGGGCCCGGUUUGGUUGGUGUUGACGUCAGAGAUAUAUCCGCUGAAGUAUCGGGCCCAAGCAUCCGCAUUGGGGGCAGUAGGUAAUCGGGUGUGCAGUGGGGUGGUUGCCAUGUCAUUCCGCUCUGUGUCACGGGUAAUCACGGUCGGUGGAACCUUCUUUGUAUUCUUGGCAAUAUCUGCAUCUGCUGUUGCUUUCACAUAUAUACUUGUUCCAGAAACAAAAGGCAAAUCUCUAGAGGAGAUUCAUCUAUGUUUCAAAACGAACAAGAAGGUGAAACACAACUUGGGGAUGUUGAGCAUCUUGUGCAGAAAGAGUGAGAGAGAUUGGUCAUUUGGGACUCUCUGUCCCAAUUUACUUAGCCAUCUUUGACUUUUUCAUUCAAAGAUGAUAAACUUUGACCAAUUAUUUAAACUAAUAUAUUUAUUCAAAAUUUAAUAAUUUUAUACUUUUAUGAUAGUAUUUUUAACAAAGAACAUUUUCAUAUCAUUUUCAUAUUAUUAAUAUUUUCUCUAGAUAAACAUAUAAUCGAUCAAAGUUAGACUCCAUUGACUUGAAAAGUCAAGAUUGACUAAGUAAAAUGGGACGGAGGGAGUAUCUAUAUAUGUAAUACUUGACAUAGAAAAGGUUGAUGGCUUGAUGCAACAUAUGUGCUCAGGAUAUCACUGAAUAUAUUCUUUUACACAAGGAGAGUCAUUUUUGGGAAAAGGUACAAAUAAGUCCUCGAACUAACCGAAAAAGUGCAAAUCACCCCUUUUAUAGGAGGCUUUCUUUGUCCGUCGACAUUUGGGGCGGUUAACGGUGAAAUUUUUUGAUGAUUUUUUUGGAGAAUCUUCAUCAUUAAGUCUAGUUUAUUCAUACCAAAUUUCAGGUAAAAUUUCAACCGAGAAGGCAGCCAAAUGAUUUUCUGAAAUAUACUGCGCUCUUUAAAUGCGCAGUUAUCUUCAAACAUUUAUUUGACUGCCUUCACGAUUGAAUUUAUAUCUGAAAUUUGGUAUGAGUAAACUAGACUUAAUGAAGAAGAUGUUCAAAAAGUUUCAUCAAAAAAUGCCACCGGGAACCGCCUAAAAUAGCGACGGCCGGACCCUCCAAUAAAAGGGGUGAUUUGCACUUUUUCGGUUAGUUCGAGGGCUUAUUUGCCCAUUUUUUCUUGAUUAUUAAAAGUAAUACACAGUAACAUUCUUUUAAUCCAUUCAUCAUUGCUUUAGCAACACAUUCAACCG